AUGUCGGCGGGUGGUCGGCCUCCUGCGUAUUUGGAUGUGCGUGAUGCGGCCGUGCACUAUGACAAGCAGAGUCAGCGCUGGAUCUGGGAGGAUGACAGGGGCACGGAGUUUGAGUGGCACGGAGAGGCCCCGAGUCAAGAGAUCGUAGACGCUGCGAACACCGAGUCGGAGACGACGCGCAUCACGCGAGGCGGAUGGAUCAGGGUCAUUGGUGAUGACGAGGUGGCCAAGCAGCAGGAGAUAUACCGUGUGGACGGAGUUGAUGAGCAUACGCCAGCCGCGCCCGUUCUUAUGCGCGAGCAGCAGAGCAAGAAACGCAAAGACGACUCGCAGACACACGCGUCGGCGCCGAAGCGCGCGCGGCCGAACACGUCUGUCUUUGUGAGUGGACUGCCUCUCGAUGCGAGUGUGAAUGAAAUCGCCGACGUGUUUGCGCGGUACGGCGUGCUGCUCGAAGACGACGACGGGCAUCCCCGCAUCAAAAUGUACCGCGAUCCCGAGACACAGGCGUUCAAGGGCGAGGCUCUCGUUGUGUACUUCAAGCCUGAGAGUGUCGAUCUGGCCAUCCAGCUGCUCGACGACACCUACUUGCGCGCGGCCAGGGGCGUGCACAGUGGGCCAUGCAUGAGGGUCGAGCGGGCCUCGUUCCAAGACACGCCGCGGCCGGACGCCAAGGCGCCGCUGUCCGACGCCGACAAGAAGAGCAUCCAGCGGCGCAUGAACCGCAUGCACAACAAAAUCAACGAUUGGGACUCGGACUCGGACGAGCGCCGCACGGCUGGACCCAGUGCCACGGCUCGCACGGUCGUUCUGAAAAAAAUGUUUACGCUCGCCGAGCUCGAUGAGGACCCCACACUGCUCCUGGACCUCAAGCAGGAUGUGCGCGAAGAAUGCGAGACGCUCGGCGAUGUGACGAACGUCGUGCUGUGGGACAAGGAGUCGGAAGGCAUCAUGACAGUGCGCUUCCGAGAGCCCGAGGCCGCCCGCCGCUGCGAAAUGCGCAUGCACGGCCGCUACUUCGCCGGUCGUCAAAUCACGGCGGUGCGGGUCGAUGGCAAGCCGAAAUUCCGCCGCACCGCGCGCCAGGACGACGACGAACACGGCCACGAGCGCCACGACGCGUUCGGCGCAUGGCUCGAGCAGUCUUGA